GAGCCAGGCCAAAGCAUGCGAAGCCGCAGCAAGGCUCUAACUUGGCUCUUGACUCAGGAAUCCAGCCAGGCUCUGCUUUCGCAGAACUUCAGCCCUGGAGGCGCGGGAGGCCCCUUUGUUUCCUCCCCGCCAUUGGCCCCUCCUCCCCGUCCUCUCCCUGCCCUCCUCGCCUAUUUCUCGGGCAGCCUCCAGCCUGGCUUCGUCGCCAACACCAUGAGCGGUACCCUGCUGCUGAGGAGCCCCGUCUCUGUGGGCCUGAGGCGCUUUCUGAGGCCCUGCGCUGCCAAGAAGCCCUGCUUCUCCUCCUCCUCUGGAGGCGACUAUGAGGCGGUCUUCAAGAGGUCGGUGGAGCAGCCCCAGGAGCUGUGGGCAGAAGCGGCGCAGGCCAUCGACUGGCACAAGCCCUGGGCCAAAACCAUGGAGAGGAGAGACCCCUUCAGCACCGCCUGGUUUGUUGGGGGAGAGCUGAAUAUUUGUUAUAAUGCUGUAGAUCGACAUAUUAAAAAUGGGCGAGGAGAUCAGAUCGCAAUCAUACAUGACAGCCCUGUAACAAAUACUAAAGAGUCGGUAACAUACAAAGAAGUUCUUCAGCAGGUUUCCAAGUUAGCUGGUGUCAUGAGAAGCCAUGGAGUAAAGAAAGGAGACUGUGUGGUCAUCUACAUGCCAAUGAUUCCACAGACUAUGUACACUAUGUUAGCAUGUGCAAGAAUAGGAGCGAUACAUAGUCUCAUUUUCGGUGGAUUUGCUUCAAAAGAGCUUUCUACACGCAUUGAUCAUGCCAAGCCCAAACUGAUUGUAACAGCAACAUUUGGAAUAGAACCUGGAAGAAAAGUUGAAUAUCUACCACUUUUAGAAAAAGCCCUGGAGAUGAUAAAGCACCAACCUGAGAAAGUUUUAAUUUACAGCCGCCCUAAUAUGGAGCCUGCCCCUCUGAGACCAGUACGUGAUCUGGAUUGGCAUGAAGAAAUAGCAAAAGCAAAUCCGUGUGAUUGCAUCCCUGUUCUUUCAGACCAUCCUCUUUAUAUUCUUUAUACAUCAGGAACAACUGGCACACCCAAGGGUGUUGUUAGACCAACAGGUGGCUACGCAGUUAUGCUAAACUGGACUAUGUCAGCUGUAUAUGGUCUUCAUUCUAAAGAGGUGUGGUGGGCAGCAUCUGAUUUAGGCUGGGUAGUUGGUCAUUCUUACAUUUGUUAUGGACCUCUUCUACAUGGGAAUACAACAGUUUUGUAUGAGGGGAAACCUGUAGGGACUCCAGAUGCGGGUGCUUUUUUCCGUGUGCUGGCAGAGCAUGGAGUGGCCGCUUUCUUUACUGCACCAACUGCAAUUAGAGCAAUUCGCCAACAGGACCCUGAGGCUACCCUGGGGAAACAGUACAAUCUGACAAGGUUCCGAACAUUGUUUGUAGCUGGUGAACGUUGUGAUGUGGAUACAUUGCAGUGGUGCAAAGAAAUCUUCAAAGUACCGGUUUUGGAUCAUUGGUGGCAAACUGAAACAGGAUCUUCAAUAACAGCUUCCUGCAUUGGCUUGGGAAACUCUUUAACACCUCCCCCAGGACAGGCAGGAAAACCGGUGCCAGGAUACAAUGUGAUGAUUAUGGAUGACAACAAGCAAAUUGUAAACGCGAAGACUUUAGGAAACAUUGUGGUGAAGUUGCCUUUGCCUCCAGGAGCCUUUUUGGGUCUUUGGAAAAAUGAGGAGACUUACAAGGAAUUAUACUUUCAAAAAUUUCCGGGAUACUAUGAUACUAUGGAUGCAGGUUAUAUGGAUGAAGAGGGCUAUUUGUAUGUCAUGUCUCGAGUGGAUGAUGUAAUCAACGUUGCAGGCCAUAGAAUUUCGGCAGGUGCGCUUGAGGAGGCUGUCUUGUCCCAUUGUGAUGUGGCAGAUUGUGCGGUUGUUGGCCAAGAAGACUCUUUAAAGGGCCAUGUGCCAUUGGCAUUGUGCGUCUUAAGAAAUGGAGUGGAGGCUGAAGAAGAAAAGCUCUUGGAAGAAAUUGUUAAGAGAGUUAGAGAAAAUAUUGGCCCCGUGGCAGCAUUUCGGAAAGCAGUAUUUGUGAAACAGCUACCGAAGACUCGUUCUGGCAAGAUCCCGCGGUCAACUCUUUCUUCUUUAGUGAAUGGAAAACCAUACAAGAUAAGUCCAACCAUUGAGGACCCUGCUGUGUUUAAGCAUGUUGAAGAAGUGCUGAAGACUAAGCUGAAGUAAUAGUUGUUCAAAUCUGAGCAAUACCUGAUAUAUCAGGUGGAUUGUAUUUUUGGGGGUGCAGAUGAUCACCUUAUGGUCAGAGAAUGGUGAAGAAAUCCCAACCAUAGUCUUUUUAUUGAAUCCCUGGUAAUUACAUAUUGAUUCACCGAUUAGGAUUGAUUCAGUGGGUCUGCUCUCACUGGGACUAGCAGUAGCUAGCGUUCAGGCCAGAGAUGACUCUCUUUCGAAAGGGAAAUUUGCCAUAGCAUGCGGGAACUAAUUAAUUCUCCAUAUCAACAUCUCUCUACACAUCAGUGGAAAUAUUUUCUCCUCAUGUGGUCAUGUUUGGUUGUUGUCCACUUUCAGCUAAAUAAUGAGUACAUUUUUUAAAUUUUAUCCCCUCUACUUAUCAGAGGUCUGGGAAACAAGAAUGUGAUAAACACUCUCCUCAAGUGACAGCUAUCCAGUUGUAAAAUUCUUCCCCUUUGUAAAUCACAAAUUUGUGGCCAACCACCUUUUAGAUAUUCUAUUUGGAAACACAUUACAAGAAAGAGGGAAAAUAAUGCUAGGUUUUUCCAGUGAUGCUGAACACACACACAUAAACACACAUACAUACACACCCCAGUUAUCAUAAUUUAGGUUUUGAAUGUCACUAUUUAAAUUUUUUGUGUGAGUUUUUGGGUGGAUAUGGCUGUCAGUGCUGACAUUUAAUGAUAAAACUGAACUUUUUUGCUUUAACCACUGUGCAGUCCUGAGAAAGACCCUGCUGAAAUAAAAAGAUGUAUUAUAUUUCCAACUCUAUGCUUCGACAUAUUGAGGCUGUUGAUUUCUUAAGUACAUGUAGGAGAAAGAGUGCGUGGGCAUGGGUAUGUACGUAUAAAAAUUAACAUCUGACCUUGAGGAGGUGGGAAUGUCUUCCAGUGCAAAUUUAAAAGGUCAUUGGAACAGAAAAUCUUACCAGAAUGCUGCUUCCCAAAAUCUUUUAAAGCUAUGCCUCAAACUUUUGCUUUAUAACUAUUCAACUAUUACUAAGGCUUCGGUGAUUACAUCGAUCUACUGUGUAGUAAUCACUGGGUGAAUCCAGUUUUCUGGUGGCCAUAUCUAAAAUCCAUUUGCACAAAAAUGUGCACUGGAGGAUUUUUGCUAUAUAUAAAACAGCACAUUUAUUCUGCCACCUUGUGGCAAACUGCAACAGUGUCUUUCAGAGCACAUUCUGUUCGCUUGUUAAUCAAAAAUGUUAUGUUUAUAUUCAUCCCUGAAGCAAUGCUAAUCUCUAAAGUUGCACUUGAAACUAUGGCACAUGCAGCCCCAUCACAGACUGAACACAUAAAACAGCACUGAAUUUCUUUUAUUGACAACAGGGGAGAAAAUCUGUCACUGUUUGGUUAACUGAAGUCUGCUUUUAAAUAAAAAAUACGCAGUAAAAACAAAUGUACGUGCAGAUGUUCAGAUCAGCCUGCUGAAAGGAAUAACCAAAAGACAGGCGUUAAGCUAAAUCAGGCAGCAGGAGUUUAGCAAAUAGAUAAAUGACAUAGUUAACUAGGUCUUACUUUGGAACUUCCCAUAUAAACAAAGAAUAAACACCAAUAACACCACCAAAGAAAACCACAUCAGAUAAUAAGUUUCUCCUCUAAACUUUUAUACAUUAUACAUUAACCGUUCUGUCUUUCAGUUAUUUCCUCUGUAAAGUUUGACUUCAGAGAAGUCUCAGCAAGGCCAUUAGAUAAAAUCAUAACAUUAGACAAGCAACUGCCUAAUAUGCCUAUUACAAGGAAGAAAUGGAGGGCAUAUUUUUAAAUAACGGAACAGCUGAAGAUCAGAUUUAUUUUCCCUUGAUGUUUUUGUUUCAUGCCAGUGCUGGCUAGCCUGUGAAGGAUUUGGAAGGAAAAAAGGUGAUUUAUAGCAAAGCUAAAUUGCUUCUUGAUCCACAAGUAGCCAAUGGCAAGAAUGUCUCUUGUUAAUUCCCUGUCAUAGUAUUGGACUUUGCAAACAGUUUUUCUUCAUCUUGAGUUUAAAAAGAAGAGCCGUCACAGUGCUUUUCUACAGGUAAAUGGAACAAUUUUGUUUGUCCUUUAUAGGUCCAGGUUUUUUUGGCUCAAGUUCCAUGUUUUGAUCUUUCUGUUAGAAAUCAUCAGAGGCAGGUGUUAAGCUUCAAAUAUUGACAGAUUCAUUAAAAAGUAGGAAGGUGUUGAAGCAUCAAAUAACUUUGCUAAAGAUAUCGAAUGUACUUUGCUACAAUUCAAAACUGUAAAAAUGGUGGAAUGGAAAGAUACAAACAGCAUUGUUUGACACUGUCUUGUCAAGUUUUUGCACUAGGACCCCAUGUACUAUAGAUUUAAUUUUUAAAAAAAUCAUAUUUAUAUCCAUUUACAUGAGACUUACACAUAUUAAAAGAAAUUCAUACACAGUAAAUACAUAAAUUCUAGUAUAUUACAAUGAAACAGAUGAGACAAGUUUAAAAUGAGUUCCUCUUUUUGGUAAAAGUGAGAUUUAUGCACUUUGGCCAAAUUUAAAAUAAAACAUUGGGGUUUAUUUUUUAAAACUAAUCAGUAGCUAUUGUUUUAUUGAACUAUCCAGUGGGUGCAUUCUGUCCAGUACUGUCACUACAAAUUCUGUCGUUUCAGUGGGGUUUGUAUCCAAAACCUACAUAAGCCCCAUGGAAACAAAUAUGAGCUGUGUGACUAUAAUACUUGACAGAUUGCAUGUUAUAACUUAAUAUGUAACAAGAUCACCACACAUUUUAAUCUGAUAAACAUCUAUGUUUUCUUCCCUAUUACCCUGUUCUUGGAAUAAAAAGCUUCUUUUCUUAAGAUGGUGGUAGUGCACUUCAGGUAAAGUAGAAGAAAAAGGUGGCAUCUAGAGAGGGAGGAAAAUAGUACAGUCAGUUAAUAAAUCUCUUGGCAGUAUUCAAUUAUAUACAAUUAUUUAUUCCUAAGACUAAUAAUUAUGUCAGACUGAAAAAAAGUGGAACCAUUAAGAGAAGAGGACUGGUGACCAAUGGAAACAUGGGCCAGAAAAGAUGCACUCUGUUUUAUCUUGAGACUUAGAAUUGUUGUUGAUGAUGAUGAUGCUAUGGAACAUUAAAAAUGUAUGGAGCAGAAUCCCGUAUGGCAAUUAUGAAUGUGUAACCCUAAGGGUUACAGAGGAACAACUCCACAUACCAGGAAGCAGCUGCUACAGUCGACACAGAGCCUAUUUCCCUGUUGAUUGGGAAGCGGCUGGCUGCCGUCUCAGCCUCCCCCUCUCCCCAAACACACAAGUGAUCUCCAGUACAAGGGGGGGAUUGUAACAAGGACCCUGUUUCUGUCUCUUGCAAUGGUUGCUCACAGGAAGCCAGCCAUUUCUCAAGCAACAAAGGAACAGGUUCCUGUUGAUUGCAGUAGCUGCUGCCUAGUAAGUGGGGAUUUGGUGGGAGGGGGUAAGUGGCACCCUAAUGCUGGUGCUUACACAUACAAAAAGUCCAUAUAGGAUUCUGGCUAUAAGAACAACCCCCUAAGCGAUCUCUGCCAGCUUAUAUCAUAUAGAUCUUUUUACCAUUCAGAGCAGUAGUAUACAUAUUAGGAAAUAUAUAUAAUGUUAUUUAGCUAUCAGAUAAAGACAUUCUGAAAACUAGCCUUCAUAUAACACCUAAAGCAAAGGUGUUACUGGAUUCAGGGUACAGUCCUGUAUAUACUCACUGGGAAUGUGGCCUAUUGUGUAGAAUCUCAAUUGAAAGAAUGUAAAAUGAGACACAGGUUGAAUAUCACUUAUCCAGAAUUCCGAAAUCCUCCAAAAUAAUCCACAUUGGUGGUUAGAUAGAAACAACGUUUGUUUUCUGUGUAGGUGUACUUGGUUUUGCGUGUAAAAUUCUUAAAGAUAUUGUGUAUACAAUUGCUUUCUGGUUAUUUUUAUAAGGUGUCCAUGAAACAGAAAUUAAUUUCAUGUUUAGACUUGGGUCCCAUAUGCAAAUACGGUAAUUCCAAAAUCAAAACACUUCUGACCUUAAGCACUUUAGAAAAGGGAUACUCAGCUUGCAUCUAGUAGGGUUGUUAAUUAAGAGCUUUGGCUAAUUAGUGUAAGGUUUGGGGCACAGUCCAACAUUUAGCAGGUGGUGUAACACUGUGUCUGUGAGGAUAUCUCUCCUUCCCUGGCUGGCUGCUUUUAAGUGGAAAUUGUCACAUGUUUAAAAAAAACAACAUUUGAUGGCGGUAGUAUUGGGUUGCAAAUUACUGUUUUUGCCACUGUACUGAACGCAUGGGGCCACCCAUAGAUCUACUCUCCUCUCAUUUACAACUUGAGUUGUUCUAAUUCUGGCAAAUUGGUGUCCUGGUUGUCAGCCCACCUGCCCCCAGGUUGCCUUUAAUACAUUAUUGUGGCCUACAGAUUGCAGUUAGAAUGUUCUAUUUUUGUUUUCAGACUCCAAUGCAAUCACUGAGCCUAUGUAAUAACAGCAGAUUAGGUAAUCCAUAGGUUUGAUGCCUACAGACUUGGCCUCUUUUCCUUUCUGAACCUUUAAAUCCUCUAGAGGCAUACAUCCUUGCACCCUUUUUGUGUUAAGCAACUGCCUGUGUAGCUCUGUUUGCAUGACAUUCUAACCCACUGUAUUGUCUUUCUGAUUUUGUUUGGUAUUUCUGGAGGAAAGAAAAGCAGUGAUUUUAAUUAGUUUGAAAUUGACGCCAAACUACACAUGACAUUAGUGACCUGUUUAAACAAAUGCCUUUAAUCUGCCCCCUCUUGGUUUGGAGGAAAAGCAGACAUACCAGUUUCCAGUGAAAUUCCUCCCAUUUCUCCUAACAGCAUUGGUCCCUUGAAGUACUACUGCCUGCAAUGUUCCUAGGGAAAAUGUGAGCUAGGCAGGAGGCAGUCUUCAUGCAAAAACUAGAAUAAGAAUGAUUUCAGUAAGAGUAUGUUCUUGAUUGUUGUUGUUUUCCUUAUACUUACAGUAGUCAGGUUGAACUACCAUUAGCUUAAUAUUGAAGCAAGUUUUUUUUGGGGGGGGGUUAAAACCUAUUUGACAGACACAAUCUGCAAUCCAGAUGUGCUCUGGGAAGAGAAGACAUGCCAGCUGUUGCCUAAAAGGGAAGGCAGGUGCUUAAAACAGCAAGAAGAUAGGUCUCAUUGGGAAGAAAUCACAGUACAAAACAAAACCGCUAUGAAUCCUGUGUUCUCAGAAAUUGGAUGGACAAAAGCAAUCACUCUAACAAAUGAAAACUCAGGCAUUUGGAGGAAGAAAGGAAAUUAGUUUAGAGGGGAUGCAUCACAGAGGCAGGACCAAAUCCAUAACUAUUUAAACUGCAAAAGAAAAUUCUCCAUUGCCCUUUAAAGAUGCUAUAAGAAGCUGUGAUAGCAUCUUUAACUCCUUUAGGAAAACUCAGGACAUGUAAAAUAUCUGCUUUUCGGAUUAUUUGUUAACAUGAAAUCCUGAUCAGAGGUAGCCAAGUUCAUGUUACUCUCUGCUUAAAUUAACAGUUGAAGUUGCUGGAAUGAAAUGGAAUAAUUAGCACCAUUUGAAUUGCUAUGCUCAAAUGUUAAUGUGAUUCCAGAAUGCCAGCAAUACUGUGUGAAUAGACAGGUUUUAACAUUUACUGUCUCCAGCCAGCUCCCACUAUACAUUAUAAAGUUCAGAUCUGUAACACAUUCCACAAAUCAGUUGUGCUAGACCUGGUCAUAGAGGUGGCAAAUCUGUGGGUGCAGCUGUACUGCUUCAGACUGCAGAUACGGGCUCACGUUAGUAAAUGUUACAUUGUCAAUUUAGAAAGUCUAAGAAGCUGCAGGUUGAGUCAAAAUUCUCAGGGGGCUGAAGAUUCCCCAGUUGUUGUUAGUUUCCAUGCAAAAUUGUUCCUCUUCCUUUACAGAAACUUGAUGAAUAGUAGAACAUCCUUAAAACAUUGAAGCAUUACAGACAUUUAACCUUUGGUAAACCCGUAGAAAUUGAAGCAGUUCAUUUUUCAUGCAUGUUGCAAGUAGUUGCAUGGAAUUCAGUUAUGGAUUUUCAGCUAUGGGUUUUGCAGGCUUUUGCAUAAGCUAAAAUGUGCCAUUUCUCCAUACCCAUUUCAUAUUGAUUCUAUCAGCUCCUGGAAUAAGUUUUCAAAUAUUCCCAAAUUGGAAUUGAUCUCCUGGUCUCAAAAAUUUCCCAUUCUAAUCAUGCUAUACAUGCGUAUGGAGACAUAUUUGCAUUUGGAAGUGGUGUAGACCACAGGACUUUAUCACCACAAGAAGAAUUAGUUUUAAAAAUCAGAAGGUUCCCAGCCUUUCAGCAGAAUCUGUCACUACCAGAUGUACAUUAGAUGUUCAUUUUCAUAAGUAAUAUAGCCUCCCAAUUUUUAUGUUUGAAUACUUACAUUAGUUCAGCUCAGAGCUCUUUUUCCAUGCUAGUCUUGUCAGCAUGAAUAUGUGCGAACUGUAGAACUGUCUAACCUCUGCAACCGUGCCGAAGCAACUGAAAUUACACACCAAAACUUCAGUAAAUAUCUUGCAACCUGGACUCGGAGAAGCCUCCUUAAUUAACUCCCCAAUAUAGGUUUUCUGAUAAAAUGUGUAGCUUACUGAGAGAUUUUAAUACCUAAGCGUAUUUAAUGCUAAUUACCUGCCCCUCUUUAAUAUACAAAUAUGCUAAAAUACUAAUACAUAUUAUUCAAUCUUAAAUAUGAACCAACGGGUAACCAACGGUGUGGUGUAUUGAAAUAUCACACCGGAGACAGGGGUACAAAUCUCCACUCAGCCACAGAAACCCAUUGGGUGAUGUUUGACAAGUCAUAUUCUCAUCCUUAAAAGAAGGCAAAGGCAAAAUCGUCUCUGAACAAAUCUUGCCAAGAAAACCCCAAGAUAGUUGUGCAUUUGGGUCACUAAAGGUUAAAAACAACUUGAAGGCAUGUGAUCCAACAAGCAUUGGUUUUUUUUUUCUCAGCUCUCCACCCUGAGUCAAACAAUAUACAAUGUUUAGUUAGAGAUGGUGGCAGUAGUCCUGUUCUUUUGGAUGUCAACACAAAUGCCCAGGAUUCAAAAGGGUCUAUGGACACAUGCCCCAGAUAAAGUCUGGAACAAAACUAUUCAGGCAUGUUCAACAUAUGGCUGGGUGGCUGUUAGACUGUUAUAGCCACCCACAGAUAUCUAGUGGGGCUGAAGGUAGGGACAUGUUUGUUUAAAUUAUUCAUUCACACAAAGGGUUAUCCUCCUCCUCCCCCAUCCCAUUGGCACACCAUGUAAUGUUUGAUGGGAGGAGGGGCAAGCCAGUAAGGCACACUUUUGGAUCUUUGAGAGGUCUGUGCAAGGGUCCCAUAGGAUGUAAUUGCAGUGUGUGCGCUGCUAUGGCUGGUGCUUCUCCUUGUCUGCCUGCACUCUUCUGCAAUCCACUAUAUGGCUGAGCCAGGGGGUUGAGAGAAGGGUGAGUCUGGACUUCAUAUGUUGGGAAUUCAGUUCUCUAGUCUAGUUGGAAGAUUGAGAAAAAAUGAAAUGAGUUUGAGGAAGAUUCUCCUCACCAGGGUUUUCGGACACUCAAGAAUCUCCUCUCAUUUCUUUUUCCUGAGUUGUUGAAUAUUUUCCAUCGCUACUUGAAGGUAGGGCAGGCAUAUUACUUUGAUGGGGAAGGAGGGUGUUCUCUGGUUCCCAAACAUGGUACUGGCGUGUGAAGCCAAAGCUUUUCAAUAUCUGAUGUUGUGGUACACUUCUGGAAAGGGUGGUGUGUAUCUCCUAUAGCCCAAUUCAUUGAUUUUUUUUUUUUAGAAUGCAUGUAUUAACCACAACAACUAAAAACAUAGUAAACCCAAAACAAAGUGGUGUUUUUGUGACACGUAAUGCAUAGAUACAUAUAAAUGUAUAAAUAGAGGGAAGCUCUGCACUUAAUGGACUAAACACACCUAUUCCAGUGUUUUAUACAAAAUCUAAACAAAGGAUAUUCUGUUCAAAAUAUCUUUUAAAACAUUGUGCAUAGGAAUAUGUGAGCUAUGGGGGUGGGGGAGGCAGAUAUAGUAAUUGUGCUUGACAUAUACUCUUGGCUGAUCCAAUUUAGACUCAGAUGGACAAACUUAGAAUGAAUUUGGUCUUGAUGUGGAUAAGCCCCAAUUAGCUCAUUUCAGGGAGAGUCUUACUCAAAUUCCAAGAGUAAUUGGUCUCUUUCACAAUAUAAUGAGGGGCUGAAUUCUCUUCCUAACUUUGGUGACCUCCACCAUUGCUUUCUUUUCUCAAAAUGUAAAGUCACAACAUAAAGACGGUUGUUGUGGUUUUCAUUAAGUUGAGAGCUUUGGAGUAUGGUUUGAUUUACCCUCUCUGAGCUGUUUUAGGCCAGGGAGAGUGUUUUUUUCUGGCUCCCUUUUGAAAAAGAGUCUUUCCUGGGCAUAAAAUGGCUCAGAAAGAGCCCCAAAAUGGUGAAAUUGCUCUAUGGGGCAAGAAGACAAUGGUAAAAAUAUUCAAAAUCAUUACUGGAAGAGUAUGGUAGUGUAUGACCCUCCAAGGUCUCCUGGAGGCCCAAUGAGACUCCAAGCCCUUCAAAAGUUGCCUACCAUUGUUCUUGAGAACUGUAGUACUCUCAUGCUCUAGAAAGGCAGUAUUGGCACUCAUUUUUUAUGUAUGUGUAUAUUGAUAUUGUUCCUACCAGGUACAUUUAAGCUGAUAUGAUGCCUUCAGCUGAUUAUGAACUGCAUGAAAAUCUUAGAGUUCUUUGGAUGUUAUUCAAAAUUAGUUCAGAAUUUCUAAAAGGGGAUAUUCAUACUAUCAGCUUCCUAGGUUUUUUCUAGCUUUGUCUUUUGGUCACUUUAAUUCAAGAUUAGUGAACAGCUAAGGGGAAAUUCACUUCUACGUUAUUCUGUUACCUUCUUCAUUUCAUAUGGAUGUGCUUUUAUUGUUCCUACAUAUUAUAGCUUGAAACAUUCCAAUAGCAAGACACAAAAAGCAAAUAACAUCUGACAUAUGGAAGGUUCCAGACUUAACAGUGCAUCUAAACUGGAAUUAAUGUAGUUUGACACCAUUUUAACUGCCAUGACUCAAUGAUGGGAAAUCAUGGUAGUUGUAGUUUUAUAAAGUCUUCAGCUUUCUCUGCCAGAGUGUUGUUAACCAGCCUAUCACUCCCUUGGUACCAUAACAUUGAGCUACAAUUUUACAGUGUAAAUGCAACGUUAGUCUGGCAGCAUCUUCAAGUUUUCAUCACAGUUGUCAGUGCUGAACAGGUAUUAUAAAAGAUGGAAGGUUUAAUACUUUGAAAAUACUCUUCUGUAUUUUCCCCAGCCCCCAAAAAGAUCAUCUGCUGUCUGUACCUAUUACGAUUUCAUUUAAUGUGCUUUCUUCCAGAUAUUAACUUCCAGUGUGCAAAUAUUUUUACAUGAAAUUAAACCAGAAACUAAGCUGGAUUUGCAAUAGAAAACUGAAAUGUUAUCUUGUACCGAGCAAUAGAACUUUUGUUUUCAAAGGGUUAAUGUCAUACCAUCAGUUGCCAUUUUCCGUGACUGUCCUGAUGUUGUAGUUAACCUGAAUCCAGCUGGCAGUGUUUCUGAAGAGCCAGGCAUCAUGCUGAUCCCAUGGACUUCACGUGGAGGAAAUUGUCUUCGCCAGGAAGAACCGCGCCUAUAAUUCUUGUCAUCACUCUGUUGAUGCACAAGUGUUUGAAUUUUACUAAAACAGACAGCUGUUACAAACUCUAACCAGGCCACCAAAGUAGGCAAAUGCUGCCUGGAAUGUUGUGGGGGGAUCUACAUUCGCCUGUUCCUAAUCUAGAUCAUCAUUAUAUUCGCCUUUAUUAUUAUCUGCUGAAUUUCAGGAAUAGCAAAGUUGGGAGAUUAUUCUUUAUGUAUAUAUUUAAAAACACUGUUUUGCUUAUCACUAAUUCAAAAUUCUUAUUUCUAGUACUGCUUGCGUGUUAUCAUUUUCAUAUAUGUAUAUAUGGAUGGUUAUAUGUUGGCCACCUAGAGCUGCUGAACAGUUUAACAGUUUCACAGUCCUCUACGCAAUGUCACCACUGUUGUUACUAACAAAAGGCUCUAGAGUGUAUACAGAUUAGCACAAGCAGUUCAUUAACAUUCAUUUAUCGUAAGUUUUCCUACAUCUGUUCUGAAUCAGUUUUGAUAUAUUCUAUUCUACAGUAAAGCUGGGACUACCAUAAUGGUUAAUUCCAUCCCAUAUAUCCCUAGUUUGAUGAAACAUUUAUAGUUAAUGCUGAUAGUAUGGCAUUGUAGUGAAUAAAUUAUGGAUAUAUUGGGGAAAAAGAUCUGCAGUCCCAUGUGAGGACAUAUAACUGUGUUGGAAGCUCAUGUUUACUAAAUGAUAGCAUUUUAAGACUUUUUCCAUACUUCACAUCUUUUCUAAUGCAAAUUGUUAAUAGUAAGCAAUUAUUGUUAUUUGCUGUUCAGACUCUGGUAUGUAUGAGUAAUGCCACUUACUUCAUCAAGUCGCCUAUCUGUUCCUAGUGCCAACAGAUUGUUGUAUUCUCUUUCGAGGAUCUGUCGUGCCUAAUGUUAACCAAAUCAAACAAUAGAAGUAAAUAAAUGAAUAAAACAGACAAAUAUCUUUAGGGAUUAAUUAUAACAACUUGUUCAUCUGCCUACCUGUGUAUUCUGUGUUGGAAUCUGCAAUAAUAAAGCUAAACUGCUGUAAUCAAAGUUA